AUGUGGAGGCUGAGAAUCGGAGCUAAGGCAGGAGAUAACCCUUACUUGUGCACCACCAACAAAUUUCUCGGAAGGCAGAUAUGGGAGUUUGAUGUCAACGCAGGCUCUCCAGAGGAACUUGCUGAGGUUGUGGAGGCUCGCCAAAAUUUCUCACAAAAUAGGUCAACUUUCAAGGCUAGUACGGAUCUCCUUUGGCGUAUGCAGUUUUUAUGGGAGAAGAAGUUCGAGCAGAAGAUUCCUCGAGUUAAAAUAGAGGAUGCAGAGAAAAUAACGUACGAAGAAGCGAGGGCGGCACUAAGAAGAGGAAUACAUUAUAUGGCGGCAUUGCAAGCUGAUGAUGGACAUUGGCCUGCUGAAAAUGCUGGUUGCAUGUUCUUCAACGCCCCAUUUGUCAUAUGCUUGUAUAUCACUGGCCAUCUGGAUCAGAUCUUCUCUCAGGAGCACCGGAAAGAGAUGCUGCGUUACUUGUACAACCAUCAGAACGAGGAUGGUGGGUGGGGAAUACACAUCGAAAGCCACAGUUUUAUGUUCUGCACGGUCAUCAACUACAUCUGCCUAAGAAUUUUUGGAGUAGAACCUGAUCAUGAUGGUCAACAAAGUGCUUGUGCAAGGGCUCAUAAAUGGAUCCUUGAUCACGGUGGUGCUACUUAUACGCCAUUGUUCGGAAAGGCUUGGCUUUCGGUUCUUGGAGUGUAUGAAUGGUCUGGCUGCAAACCAAUACCACCAAAGUUCUGGUUCAUUCCUUCUUGGUUUCCUAUUAGUGGAACUAAAUCAACACCUCUCGUCUUAAAGCUUCGUGAAGAGCUUUAUCCUCAGGCUUAUGCGGAUAUUGAUUGGAGCCAAGCUCGCAAUCAAUGCGCAAAGGUGUUUCAUAUGCUUGCUUGUUGGGUUGAAGAUCCAGAGAGUGAUUAUUUCAAAAAACAUCUUGCUCGAGUCCCUGGUUUCAUAUGGAUUGCGGAGGAUGGCCUGAAAAUCCAGACUUUUGGUAGCCAAAUAUGGGAUACAGCCUUCUUGUUACAAGUCAUGUUAGCCGCUGAUGUUGACGACGAGAUUAGAUCAACGCUCAUAAAGGGAUACUCUUACUUGAGGAAAUCUCAGCUUACAGAGAAUCCUCCUGGUGAUUAUAUCAAAAUGUUUAGAGACAUAUCAAAAGGAGGGUGGAGUUUUUCGGAUAAAGAUCAAGGAUGGCCAGUUUCAGAUUGUAUUUCUGAGAGUUUAGAGUGCUGCCUGAUAUUUGACAACAUGCCAUCUGAGUUUAUUGGUGAGAAGAUGGAUGUGGAGAGGCUUUAUGAUGCCGUCAAUAUGCUUCUCUACUUGCAGAGCGAUAAUGGAGGUAUAGCCAUAUGGGAGGCAGCAAGUGGGAAAAAAUGGCUAGAGAUGAUUGAGUUUAUGGAGGACACAAUCAUCGAGCAGGAGUAUCUAGAAUGCACGGGUUCAGCGAUAGUAGUGUUGGCUCGAUUCGUGAAACAGUUUCCAGAGCACAGAACAAAAGAGGUCCAUAGGUUUAUAACGAAGGGUGUGAGAUACAUAGAGGACAUGCAAAUGCCAGAUGGUUCAUGGUAUGGGAACUGGGGUGUAUGUUUCAUCUAUGGAACCUUCUUUGCAGUCCGAGGUCUAGUGGCUUCAGGCAAAACUUACGAGAACUGUGAGGCGGUUCGUAAAGCGGUUUGGUUCCUUCUCGAGAUACAAAAUGUAGAAGGCGGUUGGGGAGAGAGUUAUCUCUCUUGCCCUUAUAAAAAAUAUACUCCUUUGGAUAAUAACAAGACCAAUGUGGUGAACACAGGACAAGCAAUGAUGGUUCUAAUUAUGGGUGGUCAGAUGGAGAGAGACCCUUUGCCUGUUCAUCUCCGAGGUCUAGUGGCUUCAGGCAAAACUUACGAGAACUGUGAGGCGGUUCGUAAAGCGGUUUGGUUCCUUCUCGAGAUACAAAAUGUAGAAGGCGGUUGGGGAGAGAGUUAUCUCUCUUGCCCUUAUAAAAAAUAUACUCCUUUGGAUAAUAACAAGACCAAUGUGGUGAACACAGGACAAGCAAUGAUGGUUCUAAUUAUGGGUGGUCAGAUGGAGAGAGACCCUUUGCCUGUUCAUCGUGCCGCAAAAGUCUUGAUCAAUUCGCAGAUGGAUAACGGCGAUUUCCCACAACAGGAAAUAAGGGGAGCUUACAAAAUGAAUAUGCUGCUACAUUAUCCAACCUAUAGGAACAUGUUCACUCUUUGGGCACUCACAUAUUACACGAAGGCUCUGCGCCUGCUCUUCUGA